AUGGCUACUGAAGAAAAUAUCCGUGAAAGCCAUAUUGAAGCUGUAUCAUUAACUGACGCAGAGCUUGUUGAAAUAAGACAGCGGACCUUUGAGGGGGCAUAUUGGAGAACAUGUCUUUCAUCUUUUGGGUUUGCGCUCGUGAUUCUCCGCAUAUUCGAGAAAGCCUUUUAUAGCAUUGGAUUGGUCUUUAUAGCAUUUGGAGGUGUGAUGCUAUGUAUUUCCGCCUUAAGAAGGCGGUAUAACUUAGACAUCUUUGAUAAUAGUAAACCAUUUGUCACGAGCGGAGGAUACGUUGUAUUAACUGGAAGCGUGGCUUUUAUUACAUACUUGGCUUUAUUAAUUAUGAUUUUAAGGAUGGAUAAUUAUUUAUAA